CUGUAUACAUAGUCCAUGUACAUAUACCCAGCAGGCAGGCAACCUUUGUUUCAGUAAAGUUCCUGCUGGAUGGCAACACAGGACCUAGUUUUUACUGAGCAUGCACAAUAUACUCGAGAGCCCCCUGGGAUUAGUUGAAGAUGAAGUACCACGGGAAUUUCGGAAGACGGCAGCGAGACAAGAAGGGACGAAGAAGAGUAGGAAGUCCUCGGAUACUGAAGUGGGAAGGCGAGGUUCCUCUGCCCCCCGUCCCUAACACCAAUUUUGCCUCCUUCGUCCUCAAUGUGUUGGCUCAGCAUGGUGACAAGGUGGCGCUAGUGGACGCGGCCACAAGUAAGUACCACACCUUCGGGGACGUGUGUCGGAUGGUGCCGCGGGUGAGCUCAGGACUGUCGGCCGCCGGGGUGAGUCCUCAAGACGCUGUGCUUUUACUCACCUCCAACCACAUUGACUAUCCCUUGGCACUCCUGGCCACUGUCCUCACCGGCGCCGUCUGCGUCCCCGUCAGUCCUGCCCUUCAGCCAGAGGAGUUGGCCCAUGUAGUGGGAGUAAGCGGGUGUAGGUGGGUGGUGGUGCACGAGGCCCUAGUGGGAGUGGUAAAGGCAACUUUCAACCUCCUGCCACCUGGAUCACUAAAAAAGAUGUGGGUGUUGGGUGACCGCCCUGGCACGCCCUCGCUCACUGAUCUUGUCAGGACUGACCUCAACGUAACCGCUGACCCUAUGACGACUAACUUUACCUUGACCCCUGCAGAGGAAGUGACCUCUGACCCCCGACGGAAACCUGCAGUGAUGCUCUUCUCCUCUGGCACCACAGGACUACCCAAGGGCGUCAAGCUAUCCCACACCAACAUCCUCACAGCCAUAUUCCAGGCAAAGUACAUCCGCAGUAUAAGCAGCACCCCAGUGUCUGCCGGUGAGGUGGACGUUACCCUACUAGUGCUCCCCGCCUACCACAGCUUCGGCCACACCAUCCUCUUCAACGACCUUACUCUGGGCGGCUGUGUGGUGAUGAUGCCCAAGUUCACCCCAGAGAAGUACUUUGAUGCCAUCGAGACCUUCAAGGUCACGUUCUCGCCGCUGGUGCCGCACAUCGCUAAGUUCCUGAUGGAAACACCUCUGAUGGACAAGUAUGACUUAUCCUCCCUUCGUGCCUUCGCCAUUGGGUCUGCGCCCCUCCACAACUCCACUCUCGUCGCCCUCAAGCAGAAGAGCGGUAAGAACGCGACUCAGGGGUACGGGCUGACAGAGACCGCUGCUACCGUCACCGUCAACGGCGGGGCUGUGGGCUUCCAGUUUGACUCCGUCGGGAAGCUGAUGCCCUAUUUCGAAGGCAAGGUGGUGGAUGUGGACACCGGGAAGCUCCUUGGAGAAGAGCAAGAGGGCGAGCUGUGUCUCCGGGGUCCCUCCGUCAUGCUCGGCUACGCCAACGACCCGAAGUCGACGGCUGCAGCCAUUGACGGGGACGGAUGGUUCCACACGGGAGAUAUUGGCUACUUCGACGACCAAAAUUUUAUCUUCCUCACCGACCGCUUGAAGGACCUGAUCAAAGUAAAGGGAUUUCAGGUCUCCCCAGACGAAUUAGAAAGAGUGAUCCGGGAGUUUGAGGGGGUGGAGGACGUGGCUGUGGUGGGAGUACCCAAUGACAGGUACGGGGAGGCGCCCCGGGCAUGGGUCGUGCCCGCCCAGCAGCACCCUCACCUCGAUGUUAAGAAACUGCAGGACUACGUGGCGAAGAAGGUGGCGCCCAUCAAGCAACUGACAGGGGGCGUGGAGCUGGUGAACGCUCUGCCCAAGAAUGCCAUGGGCAAAGUCAUCAAAAAACACUUGAGAAAUGCCUACGUUAACCUCAAGGCCAAGCUGUGAUGUGAUGGUGCUAACUUAUCUACACUUUGACGUAGAUAAGUACACUUGUGGUGCAGCAAUAACUCUACAGGUGUAUGUAUAUCACUUCAGGUAAUUCGGGUGGUAUAAUCGUUGCCACGUGGUGAUGCUCGCAAAUGCACCAAUUUUCAAAAGAUGUCAGACCAUGUAAUGUAUAUCGUUUAAGAAUAACAAAUGAGGAUAUUACUGCAGGAGCCGGACUUGUUUGGAGCACUUACUCUUCUUUGAUUAUUCAGUUAAGAUUUUAUUUAUAUAUUCUACAUUUAUUUGUCGUCAAACUUAAUAAAACUCAUUAUGAUGUCCUCCCAGCACACGAUUAUUGAUCUUAAUUAUGAAAUCAACACCUGAAUACAUAGUAGCAUCUCUUAAACAGGAUCGACACCGAGAUAGUGAUAGCUACCCAUCUGUUUAUUGGAACCCUAUAAGAAAAUUAAUAAAGUAAUGUUAAUAUUAUCUUCACAAACUCUAACACUAUCGAGGUAGAAGUGAGUGUUACAGUUUAAACCGAUAAACAUAUCAAACACCAGCUGAAGUAAGGUGUAUACUCUGGUAUAAUAAGCUGUGGUAUACUCGUACAAUAAUACAAUUUGUUAAGAGUUACUGAGUAUAAUACCGUAUAUAAGGGACACCUCCAUAUAACGGAUUCAUCUCUCCAUAUAAUCCGUUAAAUGGAGGUAUCUCAUGUAACGGAGCUUCGAUAUAAAGGACUUCCAUCUCUACAGUAUAUACACCCCUGUAUAGUAGUUCGUUAGAUGGAGGUUUCACAUCUAAUGUACCAUCGAUAUAACGGACUUUUCUCUAUAUAGUCCGUUAAAAAGAGGUUUUACUGUAAAUACAUCACUGCGUCUUGGGAACUGAACAUAUCAGUUUUAAGGUUCCUGUAUAAACAUUGAGGGGCUGAGAUUAACCUGUUAAAACCCUCAGGGACUCUUCGCCAUAUUCCAGAGGUUAAAUGUAAGUGUCUUUAUGGUUAAGAAUAUUGUGAGUUGAAAAGAAAAAGGUAAAGAAGUAGUUAAUUAUAUAAAGCUACGUGAAUACCUGUGUGUGUGUGUGUGUUGGUCUGAAUUUUGGGGUUAUGUCUGAAUAUCACAAUUUUUGAAGUAAUAUUUAGUUCACCAUGUACUUCUUAAAGACAUGUUUGUUUAAUUCUGUAGUAAGACAACAACAAUAAUAAUAAUAAUAAUAAUGCGGGAUCUUAUACUACAAUCUAUAAUGAUUCUGAUUUGGGCUCAAGCUGAACAAUAAAGAAAUUAACAUUAAAAUUUAA